UUUGCCUCCCCCACCACUACACCUCGUCCUUUUUGUCUUGUAACAUCUACAGCUUUUGAAAAUGUCUGGCAAGGGUAAAGCUGGCAAGUCUUCCUCUGGUAAGGCUGGAGGUGAACCGGGCAAGUCGCAGUCGCGUUCGGCAAAGGCUGGUCUCCAGUUCCCGGUCGGUCGUGUCCACCGUCUCUUGAAGAAGGGCAACUACGCACAGCGUGUGGGAGCAGGUGCUCCUGUUUAUCUCGCUGCUGUUCUUGAAUACCUUGCUGCUGAGAUCCUCGAACUUGCGGGUAACGCUGCUCGGGAUAACAAGAAGCAGCGUAUUGUUCCCCGUCACCUGCAACUUGCCAUUCGUAACGAUGAGGAGCUUAACAAGUUGCUCGGCGAUGUCGUCAUCAGCCAAGGUGGUGUCGUACCCUUCAUCCUUCCCGAACUCCUGCCGUCGAAAUCCAACAAGGGCAAGAAGGAGGGCGCCUCACAGGAGGUGUAGAUUGUUCGGACCCGCUUUCUCUGUCACGUCAGGAUUGUAUUUCUGUACUCGUUAUGUGUCGUAUUGUGCUCCCUAAUUGCAUCCCCUAGUGUAUUUUACUUGUCACUGGAGUGAAGAUUCGUGUUGAUUUAGUGUCGAC